AUGUUGGCCAUAUUCGCCGUUCUUCUACUUCUGGGUUCCAUCAACAUCAUUCAUGGCCAACCCGUCCAACAGUAUCUCGUUGAUGACGGUCUUAUACUUCCGUCAAAAGCUGCUGAAUCGUACGGUACCGUAGUCGAACAACAGCCAUCCGACGAAGACAUUCUCACGACUGAAACAUUUCAAACAAAUCAUCAAGAACAAUUUACACUUGCUCCACCGACGCCCAGACAACGUCGUGAUACCGAGGAUGAAGAUCUUGGCGGUAUAUUUUUUCAAUAUACUCCACCACAAGAGGAUACGGUGAUGGAAUCCAAGGAGGUACCACUGAUCGAAUUCCCAUUACUGCCUGCCGUCGAGCCUAUUGAAGUCGUCUCUUUGGAGGAGGGAGCUAUUCAAGAACUUAAAAUUAUCGACGAUCCUUCGGAAGCGGCGAAACAAUGUGAUGAGCUCUGGGUAAGGUUAUCCACGCAUGAUCUGUUGUUCAGUAUUCGUGUUUGUCCAAUUGGAACUCGAUUUUUCUGA